AUGUCGUGGCGGAGUUCUGGGACGUCGAAUUCGGAGUUGGUGGAGAAUAUGAAACGGAAUGGGUUGAUACAUAAUAAAGAGACUUAUGAGGCUAUGAAGAAGGUCGACAGAGCACACUUUGCACCGGCGAAUCCGUAUCAAGAUGCUCCACAGCCGAUUGGGUAUUCUGCUACUAUUUCGGCACCGCAUAUGCAUAGUCAUGCAUGCGAGGAGAUAAUCGAAUAUCUCAAACCCGGUGCUGCAAUUUUAGAUGUUGGCAGUGGGAGUGGAUAUUUAGUUGCCGUGAUGGCACAUAUGGUCCAACCCGGCGGCCGAAUAGUAGGCAUCGAACACAUCCAAGAACUAGUAGACCUCUCGAUCAAAAACCUUCGAAAAGACGCAACUCAUUCAGCAUGGCUUGACGACGGGACUAUUACGAUUAUCAAGGGAGAUGGGAGAUUAGGUUAUAAAGAGAAAGCACCGUAUAAUGCUAUUCACGUUGGUGCUGCGGCGAAGGAAGUACAUGAGGAACUUGUGGAGCAACUUUCGAAACCUGGGAGGUUGUUUAUUCCGGUGGAGAGGAAAGGGGGGUAUUCUGAACAGGCGAUUUGGCAUGUCGAUAAGGAUUUGGAAGGGGAGGUGAAGAUGAGUGAGAAGUAUGGGGUUAUGUAUGUGCCGUUGACGGAUAAUCCUUAUGAGAAGAGGAAGUAG